AUGCUGUACGUCACUCUAGUGAUUUCGUCCGCAAUGGCGGCUCCUGAUGUAUUUACACUCUUUGUUAUCUGUCGCUUUUGUUUUAUUCCUUUCCUUCACGCAUUCAUCUAUGUUUUUUCCUUUAUUUUUCUUUCUUUCUUUCUUUUAUUCUUUCUUUUACUUAAUGCAAUAUUCCUUUUUCACAAACAUGUACCUUUUCUUUAUUUUUCUUUCUUUCUUUUAUUCUUUCUUUUACUUAAUGCAAUAUUCCUUUUUCACAAACAUGUACCUUUUCUUUAUUUUUCUUUCUUUGUUUCAUUCUUUCUUUUUUGUUAUUUAAUGCUUUUUUUUCGUUUUUCGUUCAUUAGAGCCUCUGUUUCGUUUAACUUGGCUUCACUUUUGUCUCUACCUUCACUUUUACCUUCUUCAAAUUUAAUUCCUUCCAUCUUUCAUUCUUUCUUUCUUUCUUUCUUUUUUUCUUUCUUUCUUUCUUCCUUAGGGCUUUGCAUUUUUCGCCUUUACCAUUUUAUCUUUUUCAAGUUUAAAGUUUCUUUCUUUCUUUCUUUCUUGGACUUAAUCCUUUUAUCUUCUUCAAAUAUAUUUUUUCCUUCUUCCUUCCAUUUUUUCUUUCUUUCGUUCUCCCUUCCUUUCUAUAUUUAUCCCUUCCUUCCUUUCUUACUUUUUUCUUUCUUCCUUCCUUCCUUUCGUAACUUUUUCUUUCUUUCUUCCUGUUUUCUUUCUUUCUUCCUGUUUUCUUUCUUUCUUCCUUUCUUCCUGUUUUCUUUCUUUCUUUCUUUUACUUUAUUCAUUUCUUCCUUUUUUCAUCGUUCUUCUUUAUCAUUCUUACGACGUUACAUUUUUCUUGCCUUUACCAUUUUAUCAUCAAAUUUAAUUUCUUCUUUCGUUCUUUCUUUUUUUUAUUUAAUAUUUUACUUGAUUUUUCACAAACUUAUACGGAUUUUUUUCAUUCUUUGUUUGUUUCUAUUUUUCUUUUCUUCCAUUUUCGCCUUUACUCUUUUAUCUUCUUAA